AUGUUCCUUCACCAUCAUCAUCACAACUCAAAGCUUUCUAUUCUCAUCAUCAUCACAAUCUUCAUAACAGGAAUAACUGCUGAUCAAAACAACAACCACUGCAACCAAAGAUGCGGAGAACAAACCGUGAACUACCCAUUCGGAUUCUCAGAAGCUUGCAAAAUCAAGUUAACCUGCAGCAACAAUCAAAUCAAAAUUGGAAACUUAAGUGUUCAAAAACUGAACUCUGAUAGCAUAUUCAUAUCUCUACCAGCUAAAUGCAACCGUAGCACCAGUUUCAUAUACCCGCUUUUCGCUUCGUUUUUCGCUGGAACACAGAUAGAUGUUGAAGGUUGUGAUUCAAGAAAAAGUGAUACCAUCACUUGCUUCACGCGAUCGCAGCGGAGAACGCGUGAGGAUUUUCUUACGCUUGAUGAUUGGAAUGGAACUGAAUGUCAAUCCUUGUUCUCUGCUAUUGCUGUUGAUAACAGCACAGUCGAUGGCGUUCUGCUUCAGUUUCAGGUGCUUGAGUUAGGGUGGUGGCUUGAAGGUUCUUGUUUAUGUUCUGAUCAUGCUAAUUGUACGGAGGUUCAUCUUGCCGGAGGAAAACUAGGUUUCCGGUGUCGUUGCCGUGAAGGCUUAGUCGGAGAUGGAUUUAUAAACGGUACUGGUUGCCGGAGAGCUUCACAAUGCACUCUUUCAACACUUGGGUCUAGCAAAUGUGCAAAAGCACUCAGAAUUGGUUUACUUCUUGGAGUGAUCGUAGUUGGAGCCUUAGUGACGGCUGCACUGUCUUUAGUAUGCUACUUUGCAAAUCGCCGAUCGACAUGGCUAACAAAACAAUUGACAGUAAGGCGCCUAUUAAGAGAAGCCGCAGGAAACUACAUUGUUCCUCUCUAUCCUUACAAAGAAGUAGAAAGGGCCACAAAUUUUUUCUCUGAGAAACACAGGCUAGGAACUGGUGCUUACGGCACGGUUUAUGCAGGAAACCUUCACAACAAUGAAUUAGUUGCUAUAAAAAAGAUCAGGUAUAGAGACACCAACAGUGUUGACCAAGUCAUGAAUGAAAUCAAACUCCUUUCUUCGGUAAGUCACCCGAAUUUAGUUCGACUUUUAGGUUGCUGCAUAGAAAAAGGAGAACACAUACUUGUUUAUGAGUAUAUGCCAAAUGGAACACUAUCUCAACAUUUACAAAGGGAAAGAGGUGGAACACUUCCUUGGACAAUAAGACUCACCAUUGCCUCUGAAACUGCUAAUGCUGUAGCAUUUCUUCAUUCUUCAAAUCCUCCGAUUUAUCAUAGAGACAUAAAAUCUAGUAACAUACUAUUGGACUUUAGUUUUCAAUCAAAAGUAGCGGAUUUCGGACUUUCUAGGCUUGGCAUGACAGAAAUAUCACAUAUCUCAACCGCGCCACAAGGGACUCCGGGUUAUGUUGAUCCACAAUACCAUCAAAACUUUCAUCUUUCUGAUAAAAGUGAUGUCUAUAGUUUCGGAGUUGUCUUGGUAGAGAUAAUAACAGCGAUGAAAGUCGUUGAUUUUGGUAGACCUCAGAGUGAGAUUAAUUUGGCAGCACUUGCUGUUGAAAAGAUUAGGAAAGGCCGUGUCGACGACAUCAUAGAUCCUUUCCUUGAUCUUAAUAGAGAUGCAUGGACACUCUAUUCUGUUAACAAGGUAGCUGAGCUUGCAUUUAGAUGCCUUGCUUUUCAUAGUGAAUCGAGGCCUAGUAUGAUUGAAGUUGCUGAGGAGUUAGAUCAUAUCAGACGUAGCGGAUGGGCGACAAUGGAGGAAACUAUAUGCUUAGGCUCAUCGGUUGGAUCCGGGUGUUCAUCACCUCGUUAUAAUGGAAAUGAGAAUUUAGUCUCGAAGAAUGAGAUACCGGUUGUUCCACAAAAGACUAAUAGUUUUUUGCAAACAAUAGAGGAAGUGAAGGAUAGUUCCCCUGAAUCUGUUCAUGGUACUUGGUCAAGUAGACCUAGCUCACCUUCAACAAACAGCUUGUUAGGAAAUGUUGUUCAGUGA